UGCGUUUUUUUUGCGCUAAUUGCCUGAAUGGCGAAGGCAAAGUGCAAAGUGUGACAGUGCAAGAGAUAAAAAUAGCCAGCGAUCGCGAAAGAGAGAGUGAGAGGUGCAGCGAAGGGUGAGCGGGAGAAUCCGGACUAAAUCUUCGCGAGCUGGAGCCGUGAAUCGCGCUCUGCGAUGUGGUGCGAGCUCUGGACUUGCCGCCGAGCAAUACCACAAACUGGAGCUGGAAGUGCGACUGCAACUGGAAGCGAUAGCCGAACGGGAUCGGGAACGGAAACGGAAACGGAAAGUUGGCGGGAACAGUGGGGCAAGCAGAUGUAGUCGGCAGUUAGAGCACAGCCACCGUUGCAACCGCCAGCGCCAGAUGAUCGAAUGGUGGUGAUCCUCCUACUGUCGCCAUGCACUUGCAGCCGCAGCAGCAGCAGCAGCCACGCCCACGACCACGCCCAUGAUCCCGGCCACGCACCAUCCAAGCACCACCACCAAUACCACCAGUACCACCAACACCAACAACACCACCAAAACAGCCAGCACCAUCAACAACCAGAACAACCACCAUCGGUGGCUAGAAGUGGAGAUUCCCGCAGCAGCAAUGAGUCUUCAUCGGCAUCCACGGGCGACACAGCCAUUCCGGCUGGAUAUCUGCAGUUGCACCACCAGAAACAGAAUCAAAAUCAAAAUCAGAAGGAUCCACAGAAUCGGCAACAUUCGGAUAAUUAUCCCCAUCAACCUAGUCAUAGUUGUAGCACCGCCACAAACACAGCACCACUAUCCGUUUUUGGCCACGGAUGUUGGAUGCCCCAGCAGCCAGCGAACGCCGUGCCGAAGCCACCGCGAUCCCAUGGCCUCCAGUGGUCAUCGAGCGCCUAUCCUGCCACACAUGCCACCAGCCACCAACCGGUCAUCUUUCGCGUCCAAUCGUCACUGCCCAACGGGAGCUUUACUAACGCCACCACCACCACAACCACCACCACUGACUACGUGCGUCACGUGACCCGCGUUAACUUCUACGACAUUGAUACUUCGCAGGUCGAAUUCGAACCCAAAGACGACGAGGAAAGCAACGAGGUCACGGCAAGCAAUUGCGAUACAGAAGCUAUUACCAAAGAAGAGGAGUGGAUAACGAAGCGCAAGACAGAACUAACAACUACCAGACAGAUCGAGACGAGGGUGAAGCGACAGGUGAAGCUGCAGGAUGGCAAAGUGAUCGAGGAUUCGGGGCCGAUUGUCUCCACCAACACCACCGAGGACACCGACAAACAGGAAACGGAAACCACUGAGAAACGCGACCUUGACCUGCCGGAUGACCUCGAUGGCAAUGCCCAGCUGAUCGACGUGGCCGCCCUGCAGGCGGGCGCCAUAAAUGAAACGCAGUUGGCCCAAAUUCAAGAGGUCUUCGGACCGGCCGAUGGAGCCGGAAAGCUGGUCAAGCGCAUGGUUCCGCGUCCGGUGGAUGGACUGGUGCGUCAAACGGACGACAAGAGGGUCAUAUCGCACGAGGAGAUCAAGGACUACCACGAAACGGAGGACGUACAGCAUCACGGCGACUUUACAGAUCAGACCUACGUGAACGCAGUUCGCGACGGAGUCGAGAACCUAGAGGCCGUGCUCUGUUCGCCGGAGAGCCAGCGGCAGUUGGUGCCGCUCGGACCCAAGGUGGUUGCCAACCGGAGCAAGUCGCGAAAGACCAUCGAUUCGGAGGACACACAGAAGCGCUGCCUGGCCCAGGAGGACGGCACCCUGGUCACCGAGAGUCGACGGACCACCGAGCACGAGUUGAUCGUCGACGACGAACUGCCCGACCCGCCUGCCAACGGCGCCUCCGAUGAUCUUGGCCUGCAGCUGCAGGUGGGCGAGCAGGUGACAACGACGGCGGCCAACCAGCGGUUCUUCCGCCAACGGGACGAGCAGCAUGUGGACGUGCUAGCCAACGGUCGGCUCCAAUCCACCGAGAUGCGCUACGCCGCCGAGACCACCCAGAUGGACAAGGACGGUCCCACCGAUCUGGAGCGACCAGGUGACUGGGACAGUCUAUCCGACCGGAUGCGCAAGCUUCGCCGAUCCCAGCAGCAGCAACAGAAGGAGGUGGCUUUGCUGGCGGAUCGCAAGGAUGCGCUCACCAAGCGACCCCUGGACUUUGAUCGCGAGGAGGAGACGCGCAAGGGCGAGACCAUGAAGUGGCUGGAGUCGCACUUUGGCAGCGAGUCCACCGCCUCCAACGAUUCCCGCGACGACGAGGCCGAUGCCGAGGUGGAGCCCACCAAGAAGAGUUACUUCAAUGUGACGAUCAAGUCGCAGAGCCAUGCCCAAUCCCACCUGGCCACCCAGCAGCAUUCGCAUCCGCAGCACAUCUCGCAUGGCCAUCAUCCACAGACUUUGCCCAGAAGCGCCGAGAGGGAACGGGAGCGCGAGAGGGAACGCGAAAGGGAGCGGGAGAGGGAAAGGGAACGGGAGCGGGAUAGGGAUCGCCAUCCCCUGGCCAUGACCGCAUCCGCCUCGCAGGAGCGCAAGGCACCGGCCAAUUCGGCUGGCGGUCGCUCCAAGUACUUCCAGGGCAUCUCGAACUGGUCGGAACGCAAGGAUCCCGGUCCGCCGGUCAAUCACUUCUCGUCGCAGGCCUUUCGCGACGAUCUGCAGGAGACCAUCCGUCGCAAUGGCCUCAAGAAGAAGGUCAGCGGUCCCGGCUCCAGUCAGGGAUCAGCCCUGGCUCAGGAGACGGUGGUCCAGCCCAAGGAUAGCUAUGUCAGCCGCGAGGAUAUACUGCAGCAAAAGCGCCAGAGCCUGUCCUCCCAGUUCCUGGCCCGCUCGAUGCGUGGCUCGCGCGAUGCUCUGGACGACCUGGAGGCCAUACCGGGACCGGGACCAGGUCCAUCCAUGAUAUCACCGCGUGCCGAAGAGCCCUCGCACAAACGGGUGGCCUACGGUCAUCGCGGCAACAAUGGCACCCACAUUAAUGGCCAUGCUUUGAAUGGAGUGGCUCCCACUCUGGUCAAUGGCCGGGGAAAGAGCUAUGAGCCACCAGCUCCUCCGCCGGCCGCAGUUCCUCCACUAGAAUUUGGCGGCGGUGGCAGCCAGCUGGGCCAAAAUCCGCGACCCACUGUCCCGCAGCGACGACGUGCCAUCGAAAAGAAGCUGGGCGAGCACAGCCACACCCACAGCCACAGCCACAGCCACUCAUCCCACACAUCGCAUAGCGCCCAUCUGCCAGUCAAGUCGCAGGCUCCAAUGCCGUCGCAGCUUAACCAAUUGGAGCCUCCUCCGGACUACUCGCCGCCGCCCAGGAGUCGCAGUCGUUCGUCAUCGCCGCAGGUCGAUUACCUGAUGACCAGGGAGAUGCCUGCCAGCACAAUGACGCUCAGCCGGAAGCAGCAGCAGCGCACCCGAUUUGCACCCACAUCCAGUUAUCCGCCGGCAACUGGAGGUACUGGUAACCUCCGGCCACCUGGAGCCACCUCGGUGUCCACUUCGAAUCUAUCGGCCAUGAGCGGCGGCGUCAGUACGUCCAAGUCGAGCCGCAUGGGUCAGGUGAUUGGCAAUUCGCUGCGCAAGCUGGUCAGCAAAAUCCGUUCGGCCAGUGCGGAGCGUAAGUUUCGCAUGAAAUCGGCUGCCAGCAAGUCGCGCGAGCAAUCGCCCAGUCCAGGACAAGAUCCGCGGGGCGUUGGUCCUCCGGUGACCACCUAUCAGCAGUACAAUGUGAUCGAUGGGCAUAUCGGUAGCCACGAUUCCGAGGAUUCCAAUAGCGACAAUCAGCGACGCAGGGAGCGGGAGAGGGAGCGCGAAAGAGAGCGGGAACGGGAACGGGAGCGUGAUCCUCUCAAGCAAGAGUCCCAGUCGCGACAAAAUUUCAAGCGUGCCGAAUCCGCGGAUCCCCAACUGCAGCACCUGGAGCAGGCCAUAAGUCCCAGGCAGCGGUACUACCUGGGCGAAGAUCCCUACUCCAGCACGCUCUAUGGCAAGGAGAAUCACUACGAACGACGACCACGUCAGCGUAACAUGGAGCGCACGGAUGAGCGAAUGGAACGAUUGGAGCGCUUAGAGCGGGAGGAUGACUACUACGAGUCCAGGGCACCACCACCAGUGACGGCUGCGCACACCUUGGGUCGCUACCAGAAGCAUGGCCAGCGCUUCAGUGGCUCCACGCCCAAUCUGCACCAGCAGCAGCAAGAUUACCGCUCGGCUCAGACGUUGCCACGCAAGCUGCACGAGCAGCGCACCCAGAGAUUUGGGAAUGCCAUGGAGAAGCAACCGGCUCCGGGCAGGGGGAGCUACCUUUCUGCUUCCGGACAACAGCAGCAGUCAAGGGGGAUUCCCCAUAAUCAGAAUCAGCAAAAUCAGCAGAAUCCUAACCCAAGCCCGAGCAUCAACGGCAAUCCAAAUCCAAUGCAGGCACAGCAAGGACCGGCCAAGCCGGCUCGCACCUACGCCAAGGUCCUGAACCGCAGCAAGAGCUUCAAUGUGCACGGCAUGAACGGCAGCAACGAUCCUAGUCCCAUUUACAUCGAGAAGCUCACAAGGAACAACUAUCAGCAGCGUCAGGAGCCGAGCUUUGGCUACGGCCUUGGCCAGGGACCCAAUGCCAAUUACAAGUCCAAUCCGCAUCUAUUCUCUGGCAAGGACAACUCGCUGAAAAGCGGCCUCAAGAGUCCAUCGAUUGUGAAUCUCAUCAGUCGUAGUCAGAAGGACCUAACCAAGAUUGCUGGUAACGAUGAGGAUGACGUGGGCUAUCCGGAGCAGGACAAGAAGCAGUUGUAUCUGCGCGGCCUGCACCAGCAGGCGCCAGACCUAUACCGGGUGAUCCAUGGCGACGAAGAUUACGGGUCGCGAAAGUAUCCGCUGCAGGCCAAGUAUUCGCUGGACUCGCGUUCCCCGCCAUCCGUGGAGCUCAACAAGGAUACGGCGAGCAUUGUGCGGCGCAGCAGCGAGGUGGACCACCAGCAGAGCCAUCACCACAACCAGCAGCACCACCAGCACCACAUCCAGAGCCACCAGCAGCAGAACCUAAGGCGUGGUUCGGGUGCCACCAUCAUUGAGCUGCGCCAUCGCAAGUGACCCGUCAUCCCUUCGAAUCGAUCUUCCCAUCUUGAACUAUAUAUUCCGAAAUCGAACAUGCAUAACUGAAAUGUCGAACUGUUUCACAGCUCAAAGUGAAUUAUAAAUAAUUGAACAAAACGUAGAGACUAAAGGCAGGAAUUUAUUUCUCUAAAUCAAAUUAUAUAAAUGCUAUAUAUGCCGUUUUGGAACUGACUUUCGGAUCGACUACAUACAUAUCCAUGAAUCCCCGCCAGGUCAUCCUAAUCCCUAACUAUUUGCUAACAAAUGCUCGGCCGUGGGCUUUAGUUUCAUUUGACAAGCAGCAAAUAUAAAUAUAAGGCCAAUCAACCAAUUGAAUAAAAUAAAUGGGUUAUAAAAGCUGCUAAAGUUGACGGUACAUGGAAGACGAAAUGCAAAUUGAAUUAAAUGUUAAAUAAGUGAACAAAAUCUAUACAUAUGUUAUGUGGAAGCCAAUCCCACUGUCCUGCCACGCCUCUUCCAAUCGUAAUUUGAUAAUACUAUAAUGCCUACGUCUAAUUACAUAAUCUAUUUGAUCAUUUUUGUUUUUUUUUUUUUUACUACUAAUAUUAACGUUUGUUGUAUAGAUACCGUUAAAUGAAUAAACUAACUAAAAUAACUAAUAUUAAUUCGAUAUUAUUGUACAAUUUCGAUUAAUAAACAAAUUGCAAUUAAAAUUUAAAUAAAGUGCCAAAAU